GUAAAGCACUUCAUGUGCGUGUGAAUUAUGACGUCAUCUUUUUGUCAUAACGGUAAAAAGAAUUCUAACGUCUAUACAGAGCGGUCGUUCAACGUUUACCCCACUAAGCGCAAGAAAUGGCUACCACGGAAGUCCCAUCCCUUCUGGAGAAUCACUCGAUGUUGAGCAGAAGUAAAUCUAAAUCUAUCAUAGAAACUUUCCAAAAGAAACGCCUGGCACACGACAGUCGUUUGAACAGACUGGGGGUGGUAACGGAGGCCGAGUUAAACCUGACGCGACUUCCGGCGUCCUUGUGUCAAGAGGUCAACCGCCGAGCAGCCGACAAUAUGAAAGGUCAGAAAAUUUCUUUCAAGUGCAAUGGCGGCGCUAGCAACGAGUUUUACAUCAAGACAACAGACAACAAGGCGUACGGUUCCUAUCUUACCACUCCAUUAGUGAUGCAGGUCUACCCAAAAUCCAUGUGUCCCAAUAGGGAGGACCAUUUAGUCAAAAUUUACCUGCAGAAAUUGGACCUUCCGUUAGCUUGCCCCACGUGUUGGAGUUUACAGAGGAAUGCUUGA